AUGGUGGUGGAUCUCAUCAAUUCAAUUAUAAAGGCUCUCAUGAUUCCACUGAGUUUCAUGGCACGUGAAGAUCCGACGAGUUGGGUUUGUCGAGUGGAGCAAUUCUUUGAAUUUCAAAAAAUUGCCGAGGAAGAGAAGGUUCCAUUAGUGACAUAUCAUCUAGAAGGCGAGGCACAGUUGUGGUACCAGAUACUUAAGGAAGAAGAGAAGGAAGUUACAUGGCUCACACUCAAGGAAGGGCUGAAUGCGAGCCCAACAAUCACUGGUCACCCACCUCUAUCUACUCUCGCCAUUCAAAGGUUAUCACCAACUGAGAUGAAGGAAUGUCAAGAUAAGGGACUUUGCUUCAAUUGUGACAAGAAGUUUACUCCUGGACACCGGUGUAAGAAGCUUUUUUUGAUUGAAGGUUGCUGGCCAGAAGAGGAUAGUGGUGAUGGAACUGAAGAUGUUAAGAGAAGGAAUUCAGCGAAGAUUUGGAGAUCCUUGCAUGCCAUGGCUGGUUCCCUUGCUCCUCAAACCAUGCAAGUCCAUGGGGUCAUCAACCAACAAUCACUGGUUGUGCUGAUUGACUUAGGGAGCACCCACAACUUUACCGAAGAGAGGUUGGCAGAGAAGUUGGGAUUAACAUGUAACACAGAAGAACAAUUUAAUGUAAAGGUUGUAUGUGGUGGAAGGAUCUCUUGCAAGGGAAGGUGCAUUGGAGUGCAAGUGUGGAUACAAGGGGUUACUCUUGAUAUAGAUUUUUAUCUCUUACCGUUAGAAGGAUAUGAAGUGGUUUUGGGAGCACAAUGGCUUAGAAUGUUGGGAAUGAUUGAAUGGGAUUUCUCUAAACUACUCAUGAGAUUCCAAUAUGGUGGGAAAAGAAUUUCUUUGCAAGGAAUGUCUAACCUACACAAGCAGAUUUACGGGAAUAAGGAUCUUUUUAAGGAGCCCAAGGGAUUACCACCAUCACGGGCUCAUGACCACUGCAUUCCAUUGGUACCUGGAAGCGAACCAGUCAGUGUGAGGCCAUAUCGGUAUCCUCAUUUUCAAAAGAAGGAGAUAGAACGACAAGUGGAAGAGAUGCUCAAGUUUGGUAUAGUGAGGCCAUGUAAUAGUCCUUAUUCAUCACCAGUCUUGUUUGUCAAAAAAAGUGAUGGUUCAUGGAGAAUGUGCGUCGAUUAUCGAGCACUCAAUCAAAUUACAGUGAAGGACAAAUUCCCAAUUCCGGUUAUUGAUGAACUCCUAGAUGAGUUGCAUGCUGCAAGCAGUUCUUGGGAAGAUCACUGGCAACAUGUCAAGAUCGUUUUAGACAUCUUGCAAAGUCAAAAUCUGUUCUUAAAAAGGGAAAAAUGCCAAUUUGAGCAAACACAAAUCAAGUAUCUAGGAAAUUUGAUAGAUGUGGAGGGGAUAUUUGUGGAUCCCCAAAAGGUGGCUGCCAUGAUGGAGUGGUCGAAACCCAAGACUCCAAAGGCCCUUCGAGGAUUUUUGGGGCUUAUAGGCUAUUAUCAAAAAUUCAUUCGUGAUUAUGGGAAGAUUGUGUUGCCAUUGACCAACAUGUUAAAAAAGGAUUCUUUCACAUGGACUUCUACAUCUGAAAGGUCCUUCCAAGAUCUUAAAGAGAUCAUACAAAGAGUCAGUGAAGUUGCCUAUAAGCUUAACUUGCCUGAAACCUCCAAGAUUUAUCCGGUGUUUCAUGUUUCCAACCUCAAGCAGUCACUUGGCCGCAAUAACCAACAGGGUACUUCCUUGCCAGAAAUUGAUGGGAGCAGUGGUGCUGUGGGUCCUCUUCCACAAGCUGUUUUGGAUAGGCGAACUCGGAGAAACAAAGAAGAAGUUUUAAUCCAUUGGCAAGGGCAGUCACCAGCAGAGGCUACUUGCGAAGAUGCUUGCGCAAUGAGGCUUUGUUUUCCUGAUAUUACCCUUGAGGACAAAGGUCGAAUUUAA